AUGCGCAAAAAUUUGAAAAACAAGAAUAAGCAUCUUCAACCUCAUACUUCCAAUUUGAAUGAACCUUUUCACAAAAAGCCAUUGACAAAUAGAGUUAAGAUAAUUAACAAAUCUUACCUAGAAAAAACAUUUACAGGCUCUGAUUCACAUCAAAAUAUGCUGACAAUAUGUACUGACCAGUAUAGUUUAAAUGAAGAGCAGGAAAGAGCAUUCAAAAUUGUUGCUAAUCAUGCUUCCUCACCCUUGCAUGAGCAACUGAAAAUGUAUAUAGGUGGCAUGGGUGGUACUGGAAAAUCUCAGGUGCUUAAAGCAUUA